AUGGAUCUUACACCCGAACAGCAAGAUCUUGUGACACAAUUUGUGUCUAUAUCUGGCGCUGAGGACGAUAGACAAAAGGUGGUGUCGCUUCUAACCGUCAACAAUUGGGAUUUAAACAAUGCUCUUUCGUCGUAUUUCGACCAUGGAUUUGACGUAAUUGACCGGAUAUCACUGCUGGCAAAUUCCGGAAGUCAAGAUGCAGCAGUAUCUGCAUCGGGUCCGGAAAUACUCCAGGACCCUGCAGAAUCGCAUCUCUCUCAUCGACGAACCUCAUCUUCGGCAGGACCCGAAUUAGUCAAUCUUCAGAGCCAAAUGUUUCUCGAGUCGUUUCGACCAAAACUUCCCAAGGCGCCACGAAUUUCCAAUCAUUGGCAACUAGAGCUCGGAAUCCACUCAUCGCUUUCGGAAAAACUGCUGCAUAAUCCUGACCGUCGGCCGGCCGUCAAUUCAUGGUGGUUAGUGCUCUUGCUCGUGCCAAGAACUCUUCUUCUGUUUUUGGUUUCGAUCUUCAAGUUUCUCUUUGUGGGCUCGAGUAGUCAUUUUAUCGGCCGGUUUCCAUCGCAAUUCGAUUAUGCAAAGUAUUCUGAGAAUUUUGAUUUCAAAGAAUCGAUUGACAACAAAACUUCGGAAGUUUCUCCAGAAGUGGUGGACUUGUCGCAAUUCAACAUAAAAAGCUCCGAUUUCAAUCUGGUGCUCCAAUCUGCGCAAACCGGGUACUCAUGGCUUCUUGUUAUUCUAGUAGAUAAUCGCAGCGAAUCGCAAGAAUUUUGUCGGCGGCUUUUUUCCAGUCCAGAAUUUGCCCAAUUGCUCAACAAGACAAGUGGAACCUUUAAAGACAACCAGAUUUUUGUUAAUAAUGUUGAAGAGUCGCCAGAAGCUUACGAAGUGGGAAAGACAUACAAAGCUAAAAGACUUCCAUUUUUGUGUCUUGCAGCCAAUGUUUCCAAUGAUCCCUCGGUAAUGGCAUCGAUGUCUACACUCUACAAGUCCAAUGUGGCACCAGACUUUCUUUCUCCAGAACUGAUAAAUUCCACCAUUAAAAAAUUGACUGAAAAUUUGGAGAAGUUGAUGGAGUCUUAUGAUCCUCAAUUAAUUGCCCAAAGAUUUGACCAGCAAGAAAUUGAGUUUGCAAGGCAGCUUAAAAAGCAGCAGGACGAUGCAUAUAUCCAGUCCCUUGAAAAAGACCGGUUGAAAAAAAUGGAAAAAGAUCACCAGCAGCAAAUGGAGAAAACCAUGAAAGAAAUGGCCCAAAAACGGGAAACAUUUUUGAUGAGUUUGAUUCGAGAAAACUGGUUCCACGGUGUUUGCGAGGGCGAAAACAAGGUAAAAAUUGCUAUAAAACUCCCCAAUGGUAAACGGCUCAUCGAAACGGUUCUGAAAACCGUCACUUUGCAGCAAUUGUACUUGUAUGUGGAAACGAGAUUGUAUGAGGAGGAUAAAGAGAUUAAUUCGGAAAACGAAAAAGAGAUUAGUUUGGAUAACGAAAAAGAGAUUAAUUCGGAUCCAAUUCUGCAUAACGAGUAUUUUGCUACAUUUCCAUUCAAGUUCGACCUCAUUCAGCCGUACCCCAAAAAAGUUUUGGAUGUGACCGGCGAGACCCUCGGCGACAUUCCGGAAUUGCGCUCGGGCGCCAAUUUGCUCGUAGAGUACCAGGAAGUUGGUGACAGCGACGCCAGCGACGACGCCAGCGACGACGACCAUAGAUAA